AACAAAUUGUAGAGUGCACGAGUAACAAGUAACUUUGUAAUAAUUUCAUAUUUUCACUGAAUGAAAUUUCCAAAUGGACGGUGAAUUAGGAGAAGCUGAUGAAGCCGAAGAAGUUUGCGAAGAAAAAGUUAAUCGAUACAUCGGAGUUGGUUAAUUCCUCAAAUAAGAAAAAUAGAAAAUGGCUUCUAUGUCCAUAUUGUGACUCAAAGAUUCUACCACCGAAUAAAGGUGAAUAUUUGGAGAAAGAGCAGAAUGGAAGAAAUUUGUUUAUUAUAUUUAUUUUUAGUAUGUGCUUCCUCGGGCAACAGCAAAACAUGAAGUACCAGUUGAAUCAGAGAGAACUGCUUUCCCAAUAUUGGUUAGUCAUAGAUAUGUUCACAUUUGAAAAUGUCGGCUUUACAAAAACUGUUGGCACAACAAAAUAUUUGAUUUGUGCCGAUUGUGAGAUAGGCCCUAUUGGUUUUGUUAACCUUGAAGAUAAAUCAAAACAUUAUGUUGCUUUGAGCCGAGUUAAAUAUCGUUGAUUUAUCAACACCGUAAAUGCACAACCAUUGUUAUAUCAAAAAUCACAAGAAGUCCAACUUGAACUUGCCAUUUUUACAAAGGAUCAUGCUUUUAAGUAUGUAUUUACAAGAUGUUUCAUAAAAUUUAAUGACUCUAUAAUAUCUAUAUUUGUGCAUAUAUUAUGAAUAGUAUGUGCAUCAAAAUAUGUUGAAUGAUGCUUAGGAUUUCAAGGCAUUUUCUUCCUUUUUACUAUAAUACAUUCAAGAUCACAUUAGGUAGUACUGGUGACAUUAGAGUUAAUGUUACAGAUUCUCCUGAUUUCUGUAUAAAUUGUGACACUUGUUUAUAAUUGUAAUGUUUCACAGUAAAAUCUCCCACUGAUAUUAUGACAUCA